AUGCAACAAGAUAUUAUUUCUAUUGAAAGUUCAUCGUGGAAUACCGCCACAGAUGAUGAAAGAACUGUGCUAGACGGACUUUUAGAGGAAGGAUAUAUCAAUGAAACAAUGCUACCAUGGAACAGUGGUCGACCACUUCUGAUUAAAGUUUAUUGGGGAGCUAGUGUUGAUGAAAUAUUCGCCCUUGAAGUCUUGUAA